AUGAAUUCGUCAGAGGAGAAAUUAAAGAAAUUACUUGUUGCCAAUGCGCCAUGGCCAACAGAUAGUUCAAGCGAUACUGCCACCCACACGAAUCAUUUUCGCCAAUGGUUUCUGCAGCAAUUUAACGAGGCGAAAUCGGAAAAUCUUGACGAUUUCGCAAUAUAUUUUUUAAAUACUUUGCGGCAACAAUCGGAAAAAUACUUACGUUCCAAUGACACUGAACAAACUUGUCAAACACCUAUAAAGACAAAUAAAUCGAUAGCGAAUAAUAGCGAAGUUGUGGUAUGUGAGAAAAAUAUUGGAAAUUCUACACCACAGCGUCUACCAUUUUGCGCACAAAAUUCCGCACCUUCCACACCGAAUUUCGCCUCUACACCUCAAUUAGACGCUAAAAUUAUUAGCCCUUGGGAUAGCAGUAUCGGUGAAGAUUUGUCAGCGAAUUUUCGUCAUAAUGCUAAAGCUAACUCAUCUGCAGCCUUUUCGACUGUACAGUCGAUGGAACGAAGCUUAACAAGUACUUUCAAAAGUGACGUAUCCACGCCUGCACGUCGUAAUCAGAAUAGCAGCCGACGUUCGGGAAAUAGUUCAAUGAUGCACGCAACGACGCCACACAGUACCGAAAAAUCCAUACGCAGCAACAGCGCCACGUCUGGCUUUUGCCUGGGCGACUUUAUAGUACUACAGCAAAACAAUAGCAAUCGUUCGAAUCGUAAGAAAACACCACAAAACUCAUUUCAACAAGCUGCAGCAGAGAGUACUAGUGAAACAUCAACAAAUAGUAAGCCCAAAAAGAGAGUGGUGCCUACAACAAUAAGUAAUCGCACUGUUGGAAACAGCACGGGUGGCGAAUUGAAGGUAUUUGGCUGCAACAGUUCAUUUAGCAAUGAAAACAAUAUACUUACGCUAUCGCAUGCUGAGAUUGAAGAUAAAAAUAAAUGCAGCAUUAUGGCUGCCAGGAAAUCACUUAAAUUAAAUGCAGUCGAAAUAAGUAAAGAACUCGAAACUGUUUCUGUUGGCGACGAGGAGAAGAUGUUGCAUGAUAUGAUUAAACGCAAGCUACAAAUUGUAACUAAUAAUGUAGAUAAUUUGGAUGACGAGACACCAAAAAGUACAAUAAAUGCUCAACUGCCAGCUAUAGAAUUAGAUAAAAUAGACAAUCACUCAUAUCUAGAACGCAUAGCCGAUAUAUAUGUAGUUUUAAUGGAUUUGAAUUUCGUAACAAACAUACUCAGCGAAAUGGCUUUCGUAUUGAAUCUACUCAAUACACAGGAGAUCACACUAGCUGCCCUACAAAAUGAUACAGCCGACUCGAAAAAUGUAAAAUUAUCAACAGAGGAGGAGCAACAAACUAUAGGUAUGCAACUGCUUGAUAAUGUUACAAAUUGUUUAUAUUUUGCUCUAUGCGUGCUAAGACGGCAGCGACAUUUGUUUGCACAUCUCGAUAUCAAGAGUUUGGGUGUGGUUCUGCACAAUGAACGCAUUCACUGCCUUGAUAUGGAUUUGAAGUCGUAUUUGGAGACUAUUUAUCAGUAUAAACAAUCAUUGCUGCUGGAUAAGUCUCAUACCAUUGAAGGCACUGCAACUAUACAGCGCUCGUUUAAGAAUGUUUACUAUCAGGAGGAUAAAGACUCAAGGCAACAUUUUACAUCGAAUAAUGAAUUUGGCGCCUUCAAAACACAACGUGAUCUAUUCUAUAAAGUACUUAAAGUGUGGGAAAUUCAGCAUUUGAAUCGCAAUUGGAAUUUCUCACAAGAAUUGGCAAUGAAAAUUCGUGACAUUUUCAAACAAUCGGAAAAUCCAAUUAAUAUGGCACACUUUGCUAAACUCUUCGUCGCACAACUAUUGAUAUCGGCGAGUGAUGCGGCUUCACCUGAAGAUAUUGGCUUGGAUAUUGAUGCGGAGAAGUUCAGUAAAUUGGCACAACGCUUGGUUGCGCCAAGUAAUUUCAGCGUAGAUUACGAAUUUCCACGUAAUCAGGCUUUCUUUCGCGAUUUCAUCACUGAAGCGAGAUCUAUACCAUUUAUUGAACAAUUGAAAAUGGCGCUCUAUUCACAUCUUAUAACCUUAAACAAUUCUACAUUUGAACAAACGAAUUUGUAUAUGGGUGAUAAUAGAGAUGCAGAUGAGUUGGUAGCGGUUAAUGAGAAAGGCGAAAACAGUGAAUUUAUAGUGCGUCCCGAAACACUGGCAUCCAUGAUAAUUUUAGCGAAAUUUUUAGGCUUUGUAACAGCAUAUCCAUAUAGUCAAUAUUUACGCAACGCCCCCAUAGCUGGUAGUAUUGAAAAAAAACAAUUGUUGUUACGCAGCUUAUUCCAACCACAUUUUAGUAUAUCUCAACAUCUCUUAGAAGCGAUAAGAAAUAAUAAAAUGCUCAUAACAUUGCCAUGGUUGGUACAAUACCUUGCUAUGCUGGAUAAUAUUACGUUACAAUUGCCUGAUGUCACCGAAACUACACAAUUGCUCUUUACGCUCUACACUCAAAUCGGUUACAAUUCAUCAUCAAUGGUAUUGACACCAACAACUAUAUUCAUUCUGCGUUGUUGUUUGGGUUGGCUCUUGGAUAAAAAGCCAAUAAUAGCCGAAAAAUAUUUUAUAUACAGAGCAACACAAAAACCCAUGUCUAAAGACAAUAAUCACGAGUGUCAAACCGAACAGCAAACGUUGAUUGUUGAUUUAAUAAUGGCACGCCAAAAAGAAGAUUACGCUGGUAGCAGCAAUAACGUUGUUGUAAUGUCGAAUAAUAAAAACUUGCACCACGAAAAAGCAUUGAACCCCAUACUUGAGUCCCUGUUAACAGUUGCAUGUCCAUUCUUGGCCGAAUUUCGCGUCGCCAUUAUGCCCAGCAAAUAUGCAACUAAGAAAUAUGUAUCACGUACAGGUAGAUAUCGUCAUAUAACCACACGCAUUGCCGAAUCACAGCCCUCAGCCGCUAAUUCUCCUGCUCACCGUGCGCAUAAACCAAACUCGAAUGCAUUAAAUUCACAAAAAAUGCAACAAAAUAAAAUUAUUGAUGCAUUUCUACAAUCGCAGAAUGCUUCAAUGCGUCGCCUUAUAGAAUUUAUCUCCGAUAGGGUAUAUAAGUCCGCCGUCAAGGAUGGCCAACACAAAUUCAUACUGCCUGCAAAAUCUAACGCUGAUAAGCUCGUAAACGAGAUUAAGACAUCCAAUGUCGAUGAGGUUUUUAAAAAUUUAACUAACAUCUAUGAAAAUGCUUAUGAAGUAGCGUGUUCACAAUGGGAGUUGAAUAUACCAAAAUUGGUAGAUGAACGCAUUACUAUGGCACUCUCAGCGCUACUGCCGACAGAGACCACACCCAUAGUACAAACAAUAUACUCACAAUUGAUACGGCAAAAUGCUAUGAAACGAAUACAGCAAUGGUUUAAUGACAAUUUGCAACUUAGUAGUUUUUAUUGUGGCAACUUAAGUGAAAUCACUCAGAAGAUAUGCAAAGCGAACAGAAAGGAACACCAGUCGUCGUCAACGUCCGUAUUGGAAAUCGUACAAUUCACACCAAGCGUUUCGGAUAUACUUGACGAGCUUCAAUAUUUUCAACAUCUCACCUCAUUGCGCACCGAACUACUUAGAGCAGAUGCUAGUGAUAUUGUUAGCUUUCUUCAGAGAAUACCCAGCGCUUUCGUCAAUACAUUACCGACUACGUUCUAUCGUUUAAUUGGUGCGGGUAUUGUGCAAAUUUUACAACAUUUAAUAAAGCAUAAGCCGACCUUGCUUACAGCAGAUCUGAUGGAGUCGGCUUGUAGUGUUUGGUUAAAUCAAAAAUUCAAAGCGGCCAUAAAUACAGUUGCUGCUGGUCGUAGUAUGAAACCCGAUAAUGUAAAUAAGAAUAGUAAUAAAGAAGAAACUGUUCCUAAGGAUGGCAGUGAUGAGGAAAGCAGCAGUUCCACUUCGGUAGAUAUUCAUAAAACCCCCAGUAUUUAUGACGGACUGAUUACAGUGGCAUUUAUCGAAUCGCUGGGUGGUGAUAAUAAUCGUUUUGAGAAACUAAAAGAAUUGUUAGUUUUUAUGAUCAAGAAACAAGUAAUAUCCAUAGACAAAGUUAAUGUGUUGUUUGUGCCGAUUUUUAAGGAAAAUUGGCCCGUUAAUGUGUUGAACGAAAUCUCGAAGACUCUGCAAGGUAUAGCUGAUGAGACUGCCAUGUGCUCAGAUAUCGGUGAUAACAGUGAGGGUAGUGAUGACGGAGCUAAAUCUCAUUUAUUUAUGGAAGUAUUGGCUGACUUCUCGAGAGACGUUGAUAAUUUAAGUUUCUAUUAG